CUAUUGCGUAAUGCCGACUUGUGUAUUGGUGUAUCUCCACUGACAAGAAGCUGUGGGAUUAAUAAAAUAGUCCACGGGUGCGUGUUUUCUCGUGGCUAUUUCGAAACAUUCUUUACUAACCUUAUCUGUCGCGGACGUGUUUGUUCGCGACGAUCAAAACUUUAUUAUGGCAGAAUGUUAACAUUCGCAGCUUUGAACAGAGCUCGGAAACUAACUUGCCAGCUGAGCUAGCUCGGUUGCGCAUUACCAGGCUCGGGUAGACUACAUGAUACGUUUCUGUUUCGGGAAGACGUUGCCACUCAUUGUGUUAUCGAUGUAGCUUUCGAUGGGCUAUUUUCAGAUGCUACCGUUGCCCCAGCUCAUCGUCCCUCGAGAUUGCCUCUGUUGUGUAACCAGUCUGCCCCAGUCGGGCCAACAGCUCAGUCGCUAGCAACUUAGCCGGUCCCGUGUGUGUGUUGGCAGAGCACUGCUCUCAUCGCGCUGGCUAAAAAUACACUUCUUGUUCCACGCUCAAUGCCCGUCCAAAAGUGGUGGGCUUGUCCACGUCGGACUUGUCCUCCUUUUUUCUAGUGACAUCGCUCGGAGUUAUGCGCUCUACAUGGUCACUUCAGUGAAUCUAAGACGGCUGGAAGAGCGAACCGGACCCCGAGGCUGUGAGCCGAGCUGGCCUGAUCUGACGUUACAACAAACCAGCUGGUGGACUUCAGACCUGUGGCCGAUCGGCGGCCAGACAUAAUUUCGCCUUAAUGGCCUUGUCCUGUCAUCCGUAGUAAUAUAAUAAGCUUAGGUCCUGCUUUGUGUUGCUAGACAAAAACUCUCUAAAGGUCAGGAAGAAAAAAAAAAUCCUUGCUUUGUUUUCACUGUGAAUUGUCUGAGAUCGGCGAGGCAGACUUCAUCUGUCCAGAGCAGGACAACAUGUCGGAGGAUAACAACGCAGACAAGUUCAUUAAGGAAUCAUCGAUUCUGGAUGAGUACCACAUAAACUGGACACAAAAGUUGGGAGCUGGGAUCAGUGGACCUGUCAGAGUUUGUGUGAAGAAGUCAACUCAGGAACGCCUGGCCCUGAAGAUCCUCAUUGAUCGUCCCAAGGCCAGAAAUGAGGUGCGUCUCCAUAUGAUGUGUGCCAACCACCCAAACAUAGUGCAAAUCCUGGAGGUUUACGCUAAUAGUGUCCAGUUCCCUCAUGAGUCUAGUCCAAGAGCGAGGCUUCUGAUAGUUAUGGAGAUGAUGGAAGGCGGUGAGCUUUUCCACAGAAUCAGUCAGCACAGGCACUUUACUGAAAAAAUGGCCAGCCAGGUCACUAAACAGAUCAGUCAAGCCUUGGAACACUGUCACUCCCUAAAUCUUGCACAUCGCGACCUGAAGCCAGAGAACCUGCUCUUCAAGGAUAACUCAUUGGAUGCACCUGUCAAGUUAUGCGACUUUGGCUUUGCCAAAAUUGAUCAAGGAGACCUGAUGACUCCUCAGUUCACUCCUUACUAUGUAGCACCUCAGGUACUUGAGGCUCAAAGAAGACACCAGAAGGAAAAGUCUGGAAUAAUACCUACCUCACCCACUCCUUAUACAUAUAACAAGAGCUGUGACUUGUGGUCUCUUGGCGUAAUUAUCUACGUAAUGUUGUGUGGCUACCCUCCGUUCUACUCCAAGCACCACAGCCGCACCAUCCCAAAGGACAUGAGGAAGAAGAUUAUGACGGGAAGCUUUGACUUCCCUGAAGAUGAGUGGAGCCAGAUCUCAGAAAUGGCCAAGGACAUUGUACGCAAGCUGCUGAAGGUAAAGCCAGAGGAGAGGUUGACUAUUGAGGGAGUCCUGGCUCACCCUUGGCUCAACUGCACUGAGGCCCUCGACAAUGUGCUGCCGUCCGCACAGAUGAUGAUGGACAAAGCUGUUGUCGCAGGUAUUCAGCAGGCCCACGCAGAGCAGCUGGCCAACAUGAGAAUUCAGGAUCUGAACAUCAGCCUGAAGCCCUUAAACUCCGUCAACAACCCAAUCCUCAGGAAGCGCAAACUACUUGGCCCAAAGCCCAGCGAUGGUUUCUUCAUCCAUGACCCAGAGAACGGAGGAGAAGACACCAAUGUAGCACUGGAAAAAUUACGAGAUGUCAUUGCACAGUGUAUACUACCACAAGCUGGAGAGAAUGAGGAUGAGAAGCUGAACGAGGUGAUGUAUGAUGCCUGGAGGUUCAACAGAGACUGUAAACUGCUGAGAGAAGGUCUACAGGGGCUCAGCUGGGACGGACGAGCCUUCUCCGAUAAAGUUGACCGCUUGAAGUUGGCUGAAAUAGUGAAACAGGCCAUCGAAGAAAAGACAACCCUCCAAGAGUCUCAUUAGUGAAAGCUGUUUUUGUAUCUUCUUUUUUAUAUCGUUUAAUAUGAGCCUUUUUAACCCAUAUCUGUAAAGACACCUUUUAUGUAAGAUAAUUCGCUAAAAUUUUGUUUUUCAUGAACACACUUGCCUAUUGUACAGCUGUUAAUAUAUUUCAAAAAAAAGGACUCAUUGGUACUAUAGUGCUUUUUUUAAAUGGACAUUUGCAGAGAACACAGUAAAAAUAACCCCUAUAUUUUCACUUUUUGCAAAAAAAAAGAUGGGAAAAAACAAAGAAAGGAAAAAAAAAAUCUGAAAUUAUUUUCUGGGAGGGAUUUUUUUAUCAGCGGAUUCUCCGAGAUGUUUUGUUUUAUCCCAUUUGUUUCAUUUUAUUCCAUUUUUUAUUUUUUUCCUUUUAACCAUUCUAAUAAUUGCAUUUAUUUAAAAAGAAUUUCAGACUUGUAGCCUGGCAGUGGACACUGAAGCUGUCGACCGUGUGACUCUGCUCUUCCGCACACUUUCUAAGUCUCAGACUGUGUUUAUAUAAAGAGAAAAUGUGUUUUCGACAAGCAAAUCUUAACUUAAGGUCCACCUACACCUUGGUCCACUUUGUUUUUGUGGACGCUUCGUCCUUGUUUUCAAUCUGGAGACUGCUUUCUCACACUCGAAUGGAUUCAAAUGCAUGAAUUCACGACAUGAAGUUUGUGUCUGGCAAGUGAAGUAAAUAAUAUGACAUAUUACUUAUGGCCUUCUCUCUCUCUCUCUACACACACACAUACACAUUUUUUUUAAUGCUAGCCAAGAUGAGCAUUCUUGAAAACUAAGUUGGGACGUGAGUGUCAUGAAACAUGCUGUGCUGCUGAAUGUGCAAUAGAGCAGUGAGAUGUCUUCAUAUUUUUGUAGUUAAAUGUGUGUGUGUGUGUGUGUGUCAGGUAUAAUACAUCAGUGUUGCUGUCGUUCCACUCUACUUAAUUUAAAUGGUCUUAAUACCAGCAAAUGUUCCAUCCGUUCCCUCAUUCUCACUUUUCUUUUUAGUUGUAAUUAAUAUCAUAUCAUUGAUUAGCCAGAGUGAAAUCUUCACUGCACUGCUUUCCUCUCGAGCUCUGGUUUUAUCUGAUAUUAUUUAUUCAUGCUGAGGUCUUUUUCCUGUUGAAUGAGCAGCAGAUUGUUGGCUGAAAAUGUGCAUUCUCUGUUAUUUACUAUUAUUAAUAGUCCUUUUUUUUUUUCUUAAAUGAAGUUGCCCAUUGAUUUAUCAUUUCUGCAAACAUACUUUCCACUUUUUAAUCUUUUUUUAUUAUUAUUGUUCAUUCUAAUUAAAAUGUGUGUUUAUUUUGAGCAAUUAGCCGACAGUGGGUGAACAUUUUGUUACUUUCCAGUGAAAAUGUGCAUCUCCAAUUAUGGAUGAAGUGUUCCUUUCCAGAUUUAGAAGAAUUCCUGAAACAUGUUGGUCAGUUUGCAUUUGAAAAGGCUUUUUUUUUUUUUUUCUUAAAGCUUGUGAAACAUUUGUAACUGGCAUGAAGACAAAGUGCAAACCCUCCUUUUAUAUAUCUGGUUUUCUUUCAGUACUAACAUGAUUCUGAAAGUUUAUUUUGAUUCCGUCAUGUCUCAGAUAGACUACUUAAUGGAAAAGCACAGCUUUACAGUAACAAGGCUAAAUGUGUCAUCCUUAACGUCCUCUUAGAAAGAAAACCCCUGCAGGAUGAAGGGAAAACGCAUUAAACGUCUGUUUUUCAUGUCAAGGUCUUUCACACAGGGAAUUGAGGAAAAAAAGGCUACUUGAGAAAGACGAAUGGUUCAAUUUGUGUUAAAAAAAAUAAUCCUUCAUUUUACAACCAAGAUGUUACAUGAGUAAAAAUUCAUUUAUUUGUGUCAUGCUGACCUGUGAGUUGGAGAACCACAAUUCACUGCUGUGGUUAUGCGUUCUGCUGGUUGCCUGGCAACAGUCAGGGGCUCAAAAGUAGUCUCUUACAUGGCCCCUGGGGAGAAAAAAAAAGGUGAAUUAUCUCUCAAAAAACAACAUGAAAUGUGUUAUUUAGUGAACAAAUAGUUCUUAUUUCCUCAACAAAGCUGAAUCCUUUGACUGACCAACAGAUAUCUGGAGACUUUUAAUAACCGUGCAUUAUGAGAAAACUGGGACGAAACAGUUCUUGCGACAAAUCCAUUUACUGGAAGAAAAAGUUCACUAUACAGAACUGUGAUAAUUCACAUUUCAGGAGGCCACAAGUAACGCAUCAUAGCUUUACAGUAAAACAAAAUGUCUAUGGCAACACAUGGUCCUGCUUGGACAUCAUUUGUUCCUGCUGCUCAGUCUGGCUCAGUGUCUCACUCUGACAUUCAUGCUAAACCAAUUUAUACAGUAUAUUGUCCACUUGUCACUUCCUCUCACAACGGAUUUGACUUAUUUUUUUAUUAAGGAAAAAUAAUGUUGACUGAGUCUAAAAAACAUUUUUAUAUACAUUUAAAGAGUCUCUGCUCUCUAUAAAUACCAAACUCUGCAUUCAUAAUGUUCACAUUGUCCUCUUCCGGCAUGAAACGGGCGUAGAGGAGGAAGACGUGUGCGUUGCCAUUCCUACUUCUGUUGAAAAGUCAGUUUUCUUUUCUCUUGUCUGGCAGUGAUGUAGCAUGUACCCCAAAUCCCUCAUGAAGGACUUGCUGUAUUUUCUGUCAUCACAUCUAUUUGUUUUUUUGUUUUUUUUUUAAACCUUUCUGCCUUUAGAAUGUCAUCAACAUGCUGACUUUGUAAUAAAGGAGUUCUUUGACUUUCAAACUAA